UUCUUUCAGUGAUGACCUGGGAUAUGGAACUGGAAGAGAAACAAACCCUUUCCUCCCCAAGUCACAUUUGGCUGUGGGGCUUCACCACCGCAGUAGUCACGGAAGUAAGACCAUUGGGAACCUCCGUGUUAGGAGUAAGUUACUUUCCUCGGCAUUGCUGACCACAGAGGCCUUAGCGGCGGCUGAAACAGUAAAGGCUUUUCCACAGCUGUCACGGUGCUGUGUCACCGAGAAGCACCGACGGGGACAGGGUUAACAACAAACUGAGCUGCAAGCCAUAUAUGGAGAAAUCCAGCUCUGAGUUUCACAACAACUCAGUGUUCUGCUUUCAGACUUCUCCAGCUGAGGUCAACUGUGCUUGGUGGGGCUGGUCACAAAGAACCCAAGUGCUGCAGAUGUAGCUCGGGGGCAGAGCCCUUGCCCAACAUAAUCGACCCUGGGUUCAACCUUCCGGCACAGACAAAAAAAAAAAAGGUCUGAAAACGGAGAGAACCAAACAUUCUACCAGAACCCAGGGGCUCUGGGUUCUAGGUCCAACCGCAGCCAGAGGCAUCAUGCAGGCCACCCUUGCUAUGAUGGUCUGGAUGGCUUCUUCCGUUUCUAGUUCUUCAUAUACCUCAAGUACUUUGCCAGAUAUAACCAAUGAGGAUUUCAUCCAACAAUGUGUUCAAAUCCACAACCAGCACCGGUCCAAAGUGAAUCCGACAGCCAGGAACAUGCUGUACAUGACUUGGGACUCAGACCUAGCCCGCAUUGCAAAAUCCUGGGCAAAAGUUUGUCAGUUUGAACACAAUCCACGGCUGAAAUCAGGGCUGCACCCGAACUUCACCACAGUGGGAGAAAAUAUCUGGACUGGAUCUUUAAGCCUCUUUUCAGUAUCUUCAGCCAUCUCUUCCUGGUACGAUGAAGUCAAGUACUACAACUUCAGGACUAGGAGAUGCACGGGUGUCUGUGGUCAUUACACUCAGGUUGUUUGGGCAGAUAGUUACAAGGUUGGCUGUGCGGUGCAAUUUUGCCCUAGAGUUGGUAACUUUGAAAAGCUUUCCAAUGGAGCACAUUUUAUAUGCAACUAUGGACCAGCAGGAAAUUACCCAACGUGGCCAUACAAGCAAGGAACCACUUGCAGUGAUUGCCCAAAGGAUGACAGGUGUCUCAACAAUCUCUGCAUUAACCCACGAAGAGACGGUGUCUCACGUUACUACUCUGGCGACUACCCAGGAAGGCCCAUAUAUCUACGGAACAGAUACACAUCUCUCUUCCUCAUUGUUAAGGCAGUCCUUCUCUUACUGUCUGUUAUAAUUACCAUUUUGGUAAAGCACAAAUACCCUAAUUUAGUUCUUUUGGACUACUAAUGUCAUCGUUGGCAGGCAACUUAUAAGUGGCUAUUGUAAAACAUUUGAGAAAAAUGUUUCAAUAAAGCCUUAGAA